GGUUUAAGCGAGUGCUGUUGGUAAAGAAACAAAAGAAGAAAAACAUGACUUCGACCAGACGGGGUCAGUUCGCGAAUCGUCAACUGAGCACGCGGCAUCUGGUGUUGGCGUACAGACUGUGGAAUAGCAGCUUUCAUCAGGAGGCGGCAUCCGACAGGGCCGACAGCAGUACUACCACCGGCGCCAGUGCCAGCUGCCUCAGCAGCCGGGGGGGAGGCCCAUCGAGUGACAGCUCGUCCGGUCCCUCCUCUCCGCACCAGGAGGAGGACCCUCUGAGCGACCGGCUGCUGCUCGGACCACACAACAUUCACGAGGGGGGAGGACAGCACCCGGUCAAGUUCGGAGAGCUCGUGCUUCUAGGAUACAAUGGUUCUCUACCGCAUGGCGAGAAAGGUAGGCGGCGGAGUAAAUUCUUCCUGUACAGGCGUCCCUACCCCAAUGGCAUCAAGAAAUCCAAGCACUAUAUUGUCAAGACACCGCAGUCUUCAAAGGCGGUUCUGGACACCAAGCAGCACUCCAUUUCGUACACGUUAUCACGGACGCAAGCGGUCAUCGUGGAGUACGUGCUCGACGAGGAAACGGACCUUUUUCAGAUUGGCCGCUCCUCGGAGAGCCCCAUAGACUUUGUGGUGAUGGACACCGUGGCCGGGGGGGACAACAAGGCGGGUGCCUGUAGGGUCGCCCAGAGCACCAUCUCCCGCUUCGCCUGCCGCAUCCUCUGCGAGCGGAACCGAUCGCAUCGCUCGUACGUGUUCGCCGCGGGGUUCGACUCCUCCCGCAACAUCUUCCUCGGGGAGAAGGCAACCAAAUGGCAGCAGGACGGGGAGAUAGAUGGCUUGACGACCAAUGGCGUCCUCAUCAUGCACCCGCAAGGGUCCUUUCUCGGUGGUGCCACACCCGGAAUCUGGCGUGAGGUGUCUGUCGGGGGCAACGUGUAUGCCAUCCGCGAGUCCCGAUCGGCCCCCAAGAAGGGUGUCAGGAUUGAAGACGAGACGAACGUUCUGCGAGACGGCUCGCUCAUUGACCUCUGCGGAGCAACACUCCUCUUUCGGUCGGCCGAGGGACUCAUGAAGUCACCGACGAAGCAGCACCUGGAGGCACGGGUGGAGGAGCUGAAUGCGGGGCGCCCCCAAUGCCCCGUGGGGCUGAACACGCUGGUGAUUGCUAGCCGGGCCACGCUGAGCCAGGGCGACAAGCAGCCGUACGUUUACCUGCACUGCGGCCAUGUCCAGGGCCUGCACCACUGGGGGCUCCCCGAGGGGGCCUCCAACGUGCGCACCUGCCCCAUGUGCCUCAAGAAAGGACCUGUGGUCAAGCUGUGCGUAGGCAUCGAACCGGCCUUCUACGUUGACAACGACCCACCGAACCAUGCUUUCAAUCCAUGCGGCCACAUGGCUUCUGAAAAGACCGUCAAGUACUGGGCCUCGGUGUCCAUCCCGCACGGCACCAAUGGUCUCCAGGCAGCCUGCCCCUUCUGCGCCACCCAGCUGGAAGGGUAUCCGGGAUACGUGCGCCUCAUCUUCCAGGACCACAUUGACUGAUUGUUCGUCUUUUCGUCCCUCCCCCCACCCUCUUGUUUUCCUCGCUUUCGUGGGGCAUCGGCAGCUGACUGCACUCGCGAGCGUUCUGAAAAAAAAAAAAAAACAGCGAAAGAAAAAGGAACCAGUGAUGCUGUUGUGCCCUUCCUUGGCUUCGACCUGCUACGGUUGCCAGAGGAGCUGCAAGGGCUGAUCGCUGAUGGGACUCUCUUCAGCACAAUGGUGUACUGGAGCUGUUCGUGCAACUUAUCGUAAACGUGUAAGCGGAAGAUGGCGUGAAUGGAAAGGAGAUGACGGAACAGACGCUCGACUUGCAACUGUUGUAAGUUGGGCACCUGUGUCAUCAUGUCCUUUCAGUUCUUGCUGUUUUUUCUGCUCGUACAUUUACAAUAUGAAACUCUCGUAGCAGGUGUCGAGUUAAUACUGCUGUCCGCUCGUCAACUGAGGUGGUAUCGUCACGGCCUGCAGCAUGCCAGGACCACGAGAUUCGGCGUCAUCCUUGUUCCUUGCAUUGUCAGACAAGGGUCUGCGGAGAUCUUUGAAGAAACCUAGACGCCGCUGAUCGGUUCACUUCGCAAGACCUGGGAACGCGGUGCGCAUAUGUUUCGCCGCUGGAGCACAGUGCAGGAGUGCAGCCGGGCUGUGGUGGACACAGAGGUCUGCACUCACUCCACACCAGUGGAUCCAACUGCGUGCAUGGUUGCGAUCCUCCCUGUUGCAAGGAGGCUGGUGGGACACCUGAGGUGCGCAAUGUAAGGCGGUGCCAUGCUUGGUUUUCGUGGCAUUCAAUAGCAUAUAAAAAGAAACUAUUAGAAAAACGGCUAAAUUUUGACGGGAAGGUUUGGAGGUAACCUUUUAACGUGAGAUCUAGUGAUACAUGGUGGAAAAUGCUUUUAGUUCGCUGAACCAUGAGGCUCCCACAAAUAUAAUUGACUUUCCCAAUUCAAUUUUAGGUAAGCCCCGAUGUGAGAUUUGACGUGACGGAGUGAUAGUUUCAAAAGCCGAAAGGAAGUCGUGGUCAGGAAUGGUCUUGUCAAUGCACCAGUCUGCCCAAAUGAGACAAAACGCACCACGCCGGUCAUUGCGCACCCCAGGUGUCAAAAUUUCAGACCUCAGAGUUGUUGUUUUUUGCACCGAGUGCAGUUUAUUUUCUUGCCCGAAGAAGAGUCGCUGUUCUUGCUGUGUCAUGUCGUCAAAAAACAAAACCUGUACUGAAUUGAACCGGCAUUGAGGUUGGGGCAAAAGAGGCCAGCUUCGUGCGGCUACUUGUAUGUUUGAUUCCGUACGGUGCGUUAAGUGCGGGAAAGGGCUGCGGGUGCUUUUUGACAUGCAUGGCGGGAGGUAAAUUCUUUUGCAUGAAGGUGUAUUAUGUCGCAUUGCACUGAACAGCAGUGUGGGAGAUGUUUGUCUGUUUUCCAGGUAGUCUAGGUGGGUCGUCAGAUAGGUGCUCACGAUGACACCUACUUUCUCAGAACUUUGUGUGUGCCAGCAUGCUGCUUUCAAAGCAGCAUCACCUUAUGCUGCGCGUUACUAAGCGGUGAAUGAGCGAGUGGCGGUUUUGUCAAAUGGUUGGCAAUGAGAGGCAUUUUGCAGUGCUGUCGUUUUGAUUUGCGUUAAACCCAGGAACGGUUGGAUGCGUAGAGUUUUUUCACAAGAUAUCUGCAGGGGAAAUGGAUUUGCUUGAUUGUUUACGAAGUAUAUAGAGUGUGACAUUGUAUCUGACUUUGUAGUGCGGGAAAGUGCGUGCAUCUCGUUUGUCGUAACGACUCAUUGUGCCAUUUCAAGACACCGCCGGCUGUUACGGACCAUAAUCUGUUUUACGGAUUUGACUAGCGUCUCUGCUCGAGAGGACGCCGUAUUUCAGGACCAACUAGACCUAUUGUAGCGCUACACGACUACUGCAAGGAGAAGUGAACGCUGAAGCACUACUAGUGACGAGUUUGCUUGAAGGCAAGCGCUGCGCGAAAAUGGAUUCGACUGAGGGUGUAUUUUGUAGCGUUGACUUGUUUUUGAAACACAGAAUCUCUUGUAGUGCCAAGUUGUAGGAUCGCUUCAGAGUCGACAAAAUGGUUCAGUGUCAUUUUUGGUGUUUGGCGCGAUUCUCUUGUUUCGCCUUUCGGACUGCUGGUGUUGACUUCUGCGCCAUCACAGAAAUAGCGUUGUGCAUGUGUCCUAGCGUGCAUUGUUGACCAUUUUGGCAUGAACAGCACAAUUGAAACAUAGUGCUGGGAACUUUGCCUUUUCAGGGUUUCUGUCACUUUGAGGUACGUUUCGAUAUUAGUAACAGGAAGUGAUGACAUCUUCCUUCGCAUUCAACCAAAGGAUCUAUAUUUAUCUUAAUUGAGAGAGUAGAUCAGGGCUGUCAGUUUAGAUAGCUGAAUUUCAUCAUUCUUUGCUUUGCUUUAACAUUGCUUCACAGAAUUGUCUUUGUGAGAGAAGCAGCCAAUGCAAUCUUAAGAUUGGUGGUGUCUUUCAUACUUUGUUUUUUAUGUCCAUGUUUCAAUGACUAGAAGGGAUGUUUUCCAUAGCACUGCAAGUUUGCAAAUUGUGCUUGCAAAUACAUCAUUUCUUUCGUUUUGUUUAGUGUGCUAGCAGUAGGCCCUCCAAUUUGGCUAGUAGCCAAUCAGCGUGCGUCCCAUGACAGCUGCAGCCAAUAGGAAGCCACGCUUUACUCUAUUGCAUCUGGUGGUUGGAAGCGCCACACAUUUCUCCUCGUCUCGCAGAGUGUUCAGCAGCGUAUCUGCACAAGCCGUGUCACAGUUUGGAAUAUGGAGCAUGGUUGAGGCACUAGGCCCAUCUGGGUUGGUUGGCAUGUUGUGCUGGUUUUCACGAAACAACCAACUAUAUGCCUUAAAUGGCGUGCACAUGCAUUGACCAAUUUUCACAUUGAGGUUUAACAAGAGAGAGUGGAAGCAGACAGGUUGAUAAAAAGUGAUGAAUGUGUAAAUUAAACUCUAGCACAGACAGAACGGCAUAUCACCGCUGAUGUCGAGGCCAUAAGAAAUGUGUGGGCUAACCAAACUCUUGAACUGCAACAGUGCUGUCUUCAGGUUGUGAGGACUUGACGAGUGAAGAAACAGCGCUAGCGCGCAGUAGUUUGUGCUUAGCGAGAGCUAAACGAUCAGCCAGUUUUCUUUUCUGCUUCCUCGGAUGUUCCCGUUUUGCAAGAUGUUCAUGGCAAGACAUUCCGAUCUUUCUACACGUGUUGCAUGGGUACAGAGCUGAAAAUAAAAAAAGCAUUUGUUGACGUAAAAAAAAAAAAAAAUCGCCCACCAUCACAUAGCAGCAUCAAAGCUACGUUAUGAAAUUCAUGGGGCAUUUUUCAUAUCCUCAGUGGGGAUUGCAUUUCCUUUAUUCACUUUUUUUAUGUACUAGUUUUUUAUUGCAGUGACGUUGAAGUUCACAGGAGGUCGGGGAGGGCGGGUUUGCUAAGCUGUACUCAUACACUUUAUUGAAAGCUUGGUGUUUUAGCUGUUGCUCUUAAUGACAUUCAAAAUGCACUCCGGUUCAAUACGAUGCGUGCUCGUCAUCACUUGGCUGUCUUGCAGUGCUUUCAGCUUGCCGCCUGUAGAAACGGAUUCUCAACUGACCACUUUUGAGUCCUGGCACGAGGCGUGGUGCCGCACAAGUGACGUUGUCUUGUCGCUGCGCUCGUGACGUGAAGGGAAUAGCGGGUGUGUGGCACAUCGUUACGCGCACUUCCGUCACAACUACUUUCCGUCACCCCCACUUUUCGUCAUAUACACUUUCGUCUGACCUCAGUGAAUCACUGUGCCGUGAGAGCAGUGCCCUUGAAAGUGAUCAUUUGAAGAUACGACUCCCGGUGGGUUCAGUACGGAAUAACUUUCGUUGCUUGCUGCAUCAUUUGAAGCAUUACUCUUCAACACAGUGUCAUCUCCUGGCUCCAUCAAAUGUCUCGCACUUAUACUGGGUUUCUGUUCUAGAACUUAAUUGUGCCAUGUUGAUCCGUCAAUCUUUUAUACUUUGCACACAGCCCAUAGGUGAUGAGCUUUUUCAUGUUAUAACUGUCUUGCAUGCCUUGCUCACUACUUUUUCUACGUGGCAUGGAGACUUGGAUGUGACAAUAGUUGUGUUGGAGGCAUAUUGCAUGUACAAAAUGUUGAGAAUGUUCUUUUUCAUUCCAUAAAAUGUGGAAUGCGGUGGGGUGGGGGAGGUGUAUUGAUUAGUAUUUGAGAAGCGCUGUAGAAAUCGUGAUGGUGCAUAAUUUGAUUUCACCGAUUGAUUCAAAACCUUCUUAACAAGUUCGUUAGGACAGGAGGAAAACGUGUACUUUGGUGGUGCUGAAACUUAUGACAAACCAUAUUGCACAGCUUUUGCCUACAUUACGACGUUCAUUAAUGGAUGGCCACUAAAAACUCACUGCUAAAAACUCACUUUGGAAACAGACGGCGUCUCGUGGUCUUAUUUGGUAAUUAACCACAGGUUAGGGGCUUAUAAUUCGAGCCACAUCCUGAGUGGGCUUAAUUAAAACACAGGACAACCACCGAAUGUGCACAUAAUUAUACCUAAUAUGUCUUGUGUUCCUAUAUGUAAAUCAAAAGGAGUAUCUCACUAUUUGUACUGGGUUAAAGACCAGAAAAAGUUACGUUCGACUUGAAUUUUUUUAAAUAUAGAAGGGCGAUUUUUUUAUGAACUUCUGUGUUCGUCAUGACGAGCUUUCCGCAAAGCUCCGCAACUUGAUCUCGAAAGCAUUUCUUUCCCCAGCUGUGCGUGUGGAGUUUUUUUCAUUAAUUCCUUUUGAGUGCCCUCUUCCUGUAAGAUGCUUGAUUUUCUUGUCUACUUCACGUUUUCUAUCUUCAAGGAAGUUCAUCCUCACUUUGUCUCCUUGCUUUGUUGUUGUUCUAGAGCUUAGGUUGCAUGCUUAUUUGCAUUUAUUGCAUUUUUUAUUUGUGUUUUUGAACUGUCGGUCGCUGUUUGUCAUGUCUUUGUGGAUUGUGGCUGAAUGUGAUUAGUGAAAAUUCAAACUAUGUUAUUUACUGGAAAGCACACGCUCUUUUGUCUUUUUUUCCCAUGUAGCAUGAGUAAUAUGUGUGGCUUGCAUACUUUUGGUUUUUUUUUCAUCAAUAAACUGUUUUAAUGACAAAAGAAGGGCUUGUAUUAUUAACAGCCAUCUCACAGAGUUGCCUCGUUAAAUUUUUGUUUAUAGCUUUGAUUACUGUUGUUAUUUUGCAUCUACAUUUUCCCCUUCCCUUCACUCUCUCCAUGAUAAAAACUUUCUCUACUUUAUUUGGUAUUAACGUGUUCAUCAGUGUUGUCCGGCUACUACAUUUUAGCUGUUUUCUAAAUUUGUGAAAAAACUAAUUGCGAAAAUUAUACUGUUGGUUUUGUAAUUUAAACCUGAUUUAUUCGCAAUACACCUUUUUCUUUAGGGUGCCAUUCAAGAUGAGCAAUUUCCGCAUGUAUUCGCGACUUAAGUGAGACUUCCUCUUGAGCUGCUUUCCAAGCAGUCCUGAAUUGCCUUUCAUAUGUCACGUUUUCAAGCAUAACGGGCAUCAUUCCAUUCAUGUUGUUUUGUCCUGGACUUUUUUAUUUACCAUGUUCUCCUUAUAUGUUUUGUGCUGAGGUUCUUUUGUUUGCAACAUUGCGUGAACACUUCCAGUGUUCUAGCAGUCGGUAGCAUCAUUGGGACAUACUCGGCUGACCGUCUCCAUUGUAAGAGUGAUCUUGUAAGGCUGUUUUUUUGUUUUUGUUUACCAACUCUAUAUACCUGAUUGUGACACCUUUAUUGUAACUCAACUUCUAAUGUUUUCUGUAUAUAAUGUGCCUAAGUUGAAAGUGAGCAAAAAUAAAUUAACUGGAUAGUCCGACAUUAACUAUGUAUCUAUCAAUUUCAAGUUUCAGCUCUCGCUUCUAGAUUUUAGAUUCGCUUUUGUUUUUCCUGAAGAACCACUUAUGUCAGAAGCACAUCAACCUGCCCAUUAAAGUCUUAAUCGUGUUUAAGUUAUGUCUGCCGCGGCCAUAGGCGGGCUUUAUGAUUUCAAUAUUUAAGCUUCCAUCUCUUAGUGCUAAAGCUGUUUCCAUUGCUCGUACAAUCUAUGUCGACAAGGAGGCCUACUGCACAGUUUUAUUUUGAGGACAAGAUCCCGCGGCAAAUGAGGAAUUCAGUUUGCUGUGGAAAUGCCAUGUACGAUUGUUCCAGCAAGGUCCUGCCAUAUCUGUACUUAUGUGAAGCGAUUUUCUUGGUAUGUCUCAUAUCUUUUCUGUAUGAAAGUGUGCUAUUCUAUUGAGUACUAUUUUUGAGGGUGCUCUCCAGUACAACCGGUGCCAUGCGGUGUACUUUCAUGUGCCGAGUACUUUUGUCAGAGUUUCUCGGUUCUCUGUAUGUAGGUUGUGUGGUUUUAAUCACGCACUGAAGUAGCCUGCCCAGCUUGUGGAGUGGUGGAACAUGGGACACGCAUUGUCUAGCAAACGUAGUGACACCGGGUGAUGUUGCAAACACUAUCAAGAAAACAAAACUUUCGGGAAUGUACCUCAGCAUAAAUUUUGAAAUAGCGAGAAAAGUAUGAUUGCAAUGAGCAGAGGGCAUGCCACUGUACUAGUGAACUUUACAGCAAGGUGUUCUCUAUGUGCGUAUUGUCACCUUGUUUUGACUGUAUGUGGUCACAAUCAACAGAUAAACAAGUGCAUGGGUCAAUAUCUUUCCACUGACCUUGUUUCACAAGCUUGAGCACACACUUGGUUUGGAAGUGGUUUAGGUACAGUUGAUGAUUUGCGCGUACUUUUUGCAAUAAACAUGGUGUUGCAUUUCCGUAAGCUGAAUUGUACGGUACAGUCGCUUGUGCAUUCUUUGCCAAAAGCUGUUCAUCAUGCUUCACUGACGGAAGGUGCGCAGUGGCCCUUUCCAUGAAUGCACUUCACAAAUCUUUAGCCAAAGCGCCAAGUUUUGAAGAAAUUGACAACUCGCAAGAUGCACGGUUAGGCCUAAUUCACAAAGCUGUCCAUACUGUCACACCUUUGGCAUCAGUCGCGAUGCACUGUUUUGUCACAGCUUUAUUGUUUUUUCAAGAAUGGUAUAGAGAUGACAUAAGAGUGUCUGUUAACAUUAUUACUUUGAAGAAACUAGUGAAGUAACUCUUGUCUCGUGAUGGACGCAGGUUUAUGACGGCGACGUGACAAAGUGUUGAUGGCUGUGAGGAUUGUGUCUCGUAUGAAGUGACCCCUUGUCUAAUUGGCAUGAAAGUAACAUCAAUUUAAAGCACUUAGAAUUUUUAGUGCAGUGCUUUCCCUGGCAGCCUAUGACUGUCACCAUGCAUAGUUUGCUUUUGUCACUGUACACGGUCUGCUCCCUUGUGCAUCUGCACUGCUCCAGUUAAAGAACUGUGUGAUCGGCCAUCGCAGAACUUUGGGAGUCUCUUGUGUUCUGUUAAAGUGAGCACAUUAAUUGCGUCUUGUUCGUUCACCAUGCAUUCAUGCAAUCGAAGCGCCACCAUCAAGACAAUAUGUAUGGCACGCAAAUAGCUUUACAGCAGUUAUAAGCUGUCCGUUGAGGAUCAUAUCAAACUUCAUAUAAAAGUCGUGAUCUUGCAUAUGGUUCUUUCUUUUUUUUGUCAUUUGUCGGUAUCACAGGUUGGCUGUGGAACAGUGGGGUCACUUGCUUCACUACCUUCUUAUCUCUUGGAAGGUCUGAGAAGUGAGUGCUUCUUGCUUUAUUUCUUGAUUACAUCGCCUCCAUUUCUGUGUUCGCUUGUUCCACAACCGGUUUCACUGUCGCCGUACUUUCUUUGACUACACUCUCUCUUGAGCACGCGCUUGUUGAAUUGCCACCUGAAGCUGAGAGUUGCGAAUGAUGCCUGUCCUGCAAUGCAUUUUCGUAACACUGCAUCUCCGGAGUGGUGAUGAUUGUAAAAGUUGUUGGGUGCAUUGUAGGAGGAGAGCACACACUGUUUUGCUACCUUUCCUUUUUUGGCUUUUUGACAAUGUACAGAAGCAUGUUUACACGCGCACUGGAUCCCACUUUGUGAAUGAUAAUGUUAACGCCUCACCGCCACUCGGCCCUAUCGCGUGGUCUCUCACAUUGGCGAGAGCCUAUUUAUCGAAUGUAUGUACUACGAGUGUGCAUCUGAAGCUGUGUAGAUACUGUACCCUGCUGCUGGUACUUCUUAAGUACCAUAGGAAAUAAAGAUCAUUUUCGACAAGG